GACUAAUAAGAAGCCAAGAACGGGGAUAGUCCCGCCUCCCUUAGCGAAGAUGUUGAUGCGCCUGCGCAGUCGGCGCAACUCGUCUCCUCAGCCAAGAUGCGUGCGGGGUGAAAGACAACUCGCUUUCUCCGAGCGCCGCCAUGUUGGUGAGGGCGAGCGCGGCGCUGCGGAGGGCUCUCUCCCUCCGCUUGGGCCUCCGGAGCGGAGAGAGGAAGCUGAGCGGAGAAAAGGGAGACAACCAAGCGGCCACCGUGGCGACCACCUGCUUCCCGCUGGAGAGCCGGGCACUGCUACGGCUCCGAGGCCCGGAGGCGGCGACCUUCCUCCAAGGGCUGAUGACGAACGACGUGACGCUCUUGACGCAGGAGGGGGGCGGGGCUUCUCUAACCACGCCACGAGCGCUCUACGCGCAUGCGCUCAACGUCCAGGGGCGCUGCCUCUAUGACGUCAUGCUGUACAGGAUUCACAGAAACUCGCAAGAAGAGCCUCAUCUCCUGCUGGAAUGUGAUGCUGCUGCCCUGGACCCCCUUCAAAAGCAUUUGAAACUGUACAAGAUCCGAAGGAAAGUUGACAUCACUCCUUGCCUGGACCUCUGUUUGUGGGCUGUCCUUCCAGAGGGACCCUCAGAGGAAGCAUCCCAGAAACUCCAGCAAUGCGCUAGUAAAGUCGUGGUUGCCACUCCUGACCCCCGAGUGGAUAUUAUGGGUUGGAGGUUGAUCGCCAGCCAAGGCACUGACCCACUCGAGAUCGUUCCUGGAAGCCAGAUAGGAAACAUGAAGGAUUAUCAUAGGCACAGGUACAAACAAGGCAUCCCCGAAGGAGUGAGAGACCUGCCUUGUGGAGUUGCCUUGCCUCUGGAGUCCAACGUGGCUUACUUGAAUGGCAUCAGUUUCACCAAGGGCUGCUACAUUGGCCAGGAGCUAACGGCCAGGACCCACCAUAUGGGUGUCAUCCGGAAACGCCUCUUGCCCGUACGGCUCACGUCUCCUCUUCCUCCAGAAGGUCUUCCCGAAGGAGCCGAAAUACUAUCCGAAUCGGGAAAGCCGGCUGGAAAAUACCGUGCCGGAGGGGACGAGUUUGGGAUAGCGCUGCUGCGGUUGGCCCACGUCCACGAACCCUUGCAUCUCAAGUUGCCCAGUGAUUCCCGCAUCAGCCUCGUUGCCUCCGUCCCCAAAUGGUGGCCCAAAUCCGUCAAUAAAUAGAGAAGACUUUGCUUUGGGCUCCGUUUACCGCCUUCCUUGUUGUUGGAGAUUCCUGAUGGGCUUGAAGUUCAGUCGGUCUUAUCGCUGCCUCUGGGUGCAUCUACACCGUGGAUUUAAUGCAAUGCGAUCUUGGGAAUUGUAGUUUUGCAAGGUCUUCAGUUAACCACAGAAUUUUAUAGAUUUGUAGACUCCUGGGAGCUGUAGUUUGGAGAGGGUGAAUGGCUUUGUAAAACUACAAGACCCACGAUUCCACAGCAUUGAGCCCUGGCAGUUAAAGUGGUAUCAAAUCGCAAUCUGUCUUCAGUGUAGAUGUAUCCUUCGUUCUGUGAUUCAAUAUUGAUGCAGAUUAUGAAAAGAGAUAUUGUGGAUUGUACCCAUUUUCACAUUGAUUUACUGAUUGGACUGAUAACAGCACUUGUGAGCAGAGCUUGAUCUACUCUUUAACAGGGAUGUUUUUCUGAACCAUAAACAUAUCCCUCUAUUUUGUCAGUAGCUUCCUUGCAGAACGGAGCUUGAAAGAUCCCAAUCCAUGUACUUCCUUUCUUGAAAUAUUUUGUAUAGCAAUGAAAUAAAAACACAACUCUGCACAUCCCA